AUGGCAGGAGUAACAAAAACAAAUACUAAGGCUUUACAUUUAAUUCAACAAUGUGCACAACGUUUACGUUCAAAUACACCAACUGAUUAUGAUCAAAUUAUAGCAGCAGUUGGUGAUGCUCGAGUUGUAAUGAUCGGUGAAGCUUCACAUGGUUCACAUGAAUUCUAUUCACAUCGAGCUGAAAUCACAAAACGAUUAAUUAAAGAAAAAGGUUUUACAAUUAUUGCAUGUGAAGCUGAUUGGCCACCAGCUUAUCGAGUUAAUCGUUGGGUAAAAGGAUUUUCAUCGGCAUCAAAUAUCAAAGAUGCUGAUGAUGCAUUAAAAGAAUUUACACGAUUUCCAGCAUGGAUGUGGCGAAAUACUGUUGUCGUAGAUUUUAUAACAUGGCUUCGAAAACAUAAUGAAAAUAUUAAUGAAUCAAAGAAAAAAACUGGCUUUUUCGGUAUUGAUUUAUAUAGUUUACAAUCAUCACGUGAAGAAGUUUUAAAAUAUCUGGACAAAAAUGCACCUGAUCUUGCAGUAGAAGCACGUAAAUGUUAUGGAUGUUUUGAAAGAUAUUCCGAUGAACAAGAAUAUGGUUAUUGUGCUGCAACAAAACUUAGACCUGGUUGUGAAAAAGAAGCUAUUGAGGUAUUAAAACAAAUGUUAGAUCUUCAUGCAAAAACUAUGUCUGAACAUAAAACACAUGAUGCUGAAAGUGAAGCAAGUUUUUAUGCUAUGGAAAAUGCUAAAAUUGUUCGUGAAGCUGAAAAAUAUUAUCGACAUAUGUUUGAAGGUGGAGAAAUAACAUGGAAUAUUCGUGAUACACAUAUGUGUGAUUGUUUACAAGAUUUACUUAAAUAUAAUGGACCGGAAACUAAAGCUGUUAUUUGGGCACAUAAUUCACAUGUUGGUGAUGCACGUGAGACUGAUUCACGACGUGCAAGAGAAGUUAAUAUUGGACAAUUAGUACGUGAACGAUUCGGUAUAAAAAAUACAUUUAAUAUUGGAUUUACUACAUAUACUGGUACAGUUACAGCAGCUGAUAGUUGGGAUAUGGAUCCAGAAUUUAAACGUAUUCGUCCAUCAUUAAAUGAAAGUGUAGAAUUUUUAUUACAUGAAGCUUUAACACAAGAUUCAACAAUGCAGAAUGAUGGUCAAUAUUAUCUUUUAUUUCGUUCAAAUAAUUCAUCUAUUCAACUUUCAAAUGAAUUACAUACAGAAUUACAUAAAAAACGUUUAGAACGAGCGAUUGGUGUUAUCUAUCGUCCACGUACUGAACGACAAUCGCAUUAUUUUGAUGCAAGUCUUUCAACACAAUUUGAUUGUGUUAUUCAUGUUGAAAAUACACGUGCAUUACGACCAUUAGAAAUUCAUCCAGCAUGGGCACAAGCAGAAAAAGAUCACGUACCAGAUACAUUUCCUAUGAAUGUUUAA